UGCUUUUACCUCAGCAGAAUCAGAGAUCGUCUUUGGUUUAUAUUCCCAUGAGCGCUAUCUGAGCACCUUGGUCAUAAUUUGAAGUCUGACCACCUGGGCGAUCCCUUAAAUGCAUUGAUUGUUCUCAAAGCUUUCAGUAUUCAUCAGUAGCUAGAAUAUACACACACAAUCUUUAUGAUCUGCUUGUGCCUUAGUCACAGUGUAUGAGUGAUAGACUUUGACCUGUUAGGAAACAGAAGGAUAGCUGAGAGGUAUGAAAUGAGACUUUCUUCAGGUAUCAGUACAAUCCUCUUGUCUGUAAUAAAUUACAUCAAACAAGAAGGGAGACAAUUUAACAGAGAGAAAUCAAACUUCUUAUUGUUAGGCAGAGGCAGGCAAACUGAGCCUGGGGAUAAGAUGACUUCCCCUCACCAGCAUAAAGGAAAAGGUAUAAUCUUGGAAUAUGACAAAGGAGGAUAUUUGAGGACCAAAUCAAUCGACCUUUUGGAUUUGACUCCAGGAACAAACCCAGAUGAGUUGUUGGCAGAAAUCAGGCAAUCUGAGCCUCUGAUCACAGAGUCCCGGGCUGAUCAGGUCAAACAGCUGAUCAUUCGACUUCAGCAGAAACAGGGCCAACAGGACCACCACAGGUUCUGUUUCUUCAAGGAGCUUAAGGCACACAUACUGCCACUGACAAAUGUUGCCUUUGACAAAUCAGGGUCAAGGUUUAUUACUGGGAGCUAUGACAGGACAUGUAGAGUUUGGGACACAGCCUCAGGGACAGAACUGCACACGCUAGAGGGUCACAGAAAUGUGGUGUAUGCAAUUGCAUUCAACAACCCCUAUGGAGACAAGAUUGCCACCGGCUCUUUUGAUAAGACCUGCAAACUGUGGUGUGCUGAGACGGGCAAAUGUUUUUAUACCUUUCGCGGACACGUGGCAGAAAUAGUGUGCCUGGCGUUCAACCCCCAGAGUACACUGGUGGCCACAGGCAGCAUGGAUGCCACUGCCAAACUGUGGGAUGUGGAGACUGGGGAGGAGGUGGCCACUCUGACUGGUCACACUGCAGAAGUCCUCUCUCUGUGCUUUAACACAGUGGGAAAUCAACUUGUCACUGGCUCCUUUGACCACACAGUUGCUAUAUGGGAUGUUGCUUCAGGAAGACGUGUCCACACUCUGACUGGUCACAGGGGGGAAAUCAGCAAUGUUCAGUUUAACUGGGAUUGCUCCCUCAUAGUCACAGGCUCCAUGGACAAAACAUGCAAGUUGUGGGAGGCAGUCGGUGGGAAGUGUGUGGCCACCCUAGUUGGACACAAAGAAGAGGUGUUAGAUGUGUGUUUCGAUUUAAGUGGUCAGCUCAUUGCUACUGCUUCUGCUGAUGGUACAGCGCGAGUGUUCAGUGCAACCACACAUCAGUGUCUUGUGACCCUGGAGGGCCAUGACGGAGAGAUCUCCAAGAUCUGUUUCAGCCCCCAGGGCAGCAGGGUCCUGACUGCCAGCUCAGACAAGACAGCUCGUCUGUGGGAUGUUCAGUCUGGAGUCUGUCUGCAAGUCCUGGAGGGGCACACCGACGAGAUCUUCUCCAGUGUCUUCAACUAUGAGGGUGACACUAUCAUUACAGGCAGCAAAGAUAACACAUGCCGGAUCUGGUACUGACCCUUCCCUUAUACAUGUAGAGGCUCAUCUAAAUGGACACAACAACGCUUCACUUGUUCCCUGACUGUACUAACUUUGUACUGGGCUUGACCAGUAGACCUAGCUUUUUGUUUACUGUGGAGGUACUUUGCUCAUAAAAUGUCAUCUCAAUUAGUUUGAAUUCUUCCAACUAUGUUUUUGGAAUAGCUCGACAUUUUGGGACACACACUUUCUUGCUGAGAGUAUUAUGAGAACACCAAUAGCACUUUGAUGUCUGUGCAUCAAGUUUGGAGCUAAAGCCAGGAGGUGAUUAGCUUAGCUUAGCAUAAAGACUGGAAACAGCGGGACACAGCUAGAGAGCACAGAGCAAAUAACUCCCCAGUAAAAAACACAACUUGUUGUUUUUACUUUUCUGUUUGGGUUGCAAAUUAAACAAACGAGCUAGGUGGAUUUUUAAACUUUAGACAAAGCCAGGCUACUGUAGCUGUUUCCCCCUGCCUCUAGUUGUUAUGCUAGGCUAAGCUAAUCAUCUUCUGGCUCCUAUUUAACAGACAGACAUGAGAGUGGUCUCAAUUUUCUCAUCUAACGCUUGGCAAGACAGUAAGUAUGCAUAUUUUCCAAAUGUUGGACUAGUUCUUUCAAGCUUGUUGUAAACAUAAGGUCUGAAUAUGAUUUGUAAAGAUUACUGGUUCUAAAUUAAGCUGUGUAGAGAGCUGUAAACAUCUGAAAUUUUGCAGCACUCAAAUCUUUAUAUUUAAUCAUAUUCAUACAUGAGCAUUACUGUAAAUGUUUACCUAGGUUUCAUCUUCAUGAACCCAUUAUCAGCUAACAAAGGUAAAUAUAAUGAUAUAUGAUAUAAUGAUAUUUCUGUUCCCACUGCCUUGUAUGUUUCUGUGAUGUGUACUAAGCAGUAUUUUCUGAAAGCAAAAUACAAUAAUGAAUGUUUAUUCUGUAGCUCCCUAGCUGGUAUUCAACUGUGAUGAACUUCCCCAAAGAUCAUAUGGCUGUUGUUUUACAGUCUCACUGCAUCUGUGACAUGCUUUUGGGAAAACCAGGCAAUACAUUGUAAUACUGAUGUGGCUAAAUGUGUAACUAAACAGUGUUCAGUUGCCUUUCUGCUGCAUGUUAUGAAUGAUCAAGACUGCUUGUAUUUCACAUCACAGAAAUUUAUUGAUGUCAAAAGAUAAAUACAUUCAGUUCUACCGUGACAGAGUUAACAGCUGUGCUUUUUUUCCCAAUGCUGAUGUAACACUAGAGAACCACUAAAUAGAGAAAUAAACAGACCAAAUUCACAUACAAAUUCAACAUUACAAACCUUCUUACUCUGUCUUUCUGAUAUAGUAAAAGCUAAAGAGAGCAGUCCACUACUCCAAGGUGCAGCAGUUCCAAAUCUACAGUAUAUACAGUACAGCUAUCCAAAAUAAUCAGUUCUCAAGUAACAUUAACAAGAUAAACACACUUAGAACUGAAUAUCAGGGUCACAACAGAGGUGAUAUGUUGGCCAAUGAACACAACAAAGAUAUGGAUAUUUUGCUUACUUUAAGCAAAUGUGAUCUUCUAAGUGGCCAUCAUAAGAAAGUGAAAGAGCUUUUUCUGGGCUUACAUUUCCUUACAUAGCCUCUUUUACAAAGUAGUUUUGAUACAAAAGGUUUGAGCAUAUUGACUUGUGGGGAGAAUUUAACCUGAUUUUCCUAUCUUCCAUUGGUACUUUGCUUUGUGUGUGUGCAUUUGGAAUAAACAAAUACUUAAGCACA